AUGGCGAGUUGGUUCGACCUCAAGGCCCGGAAGGCGGCUGCUGCGAACGGGACGUCGGCCCAGAAACAAGAGAAAUCUGCGCAGCCACCGAGGGCACAGCCCUGGGUUGAAAAAUAUCGCCCAAAAACCCUCAGCGAUGUCACGGCACAAGACCACACCGUCACCGUUUUGCAGAGAACGCUGCAAGCCUCCAACCUCCCUCACAUGCUCUUCUACGGCCCGCCCGGUACGGGAAAGACAUCGACAGUUCUGGCCCUAGCUAAAGAGCUCUACGGUCCUGAUAUGAUCAAGUCGCGAGUGCUCGAACUAAAUGCUUCCGACGAGCGUGGAAUCUCCAUCGUUCGAGAGAAGGUAAAGGACUUUGCUCGCAUGCAAUUGACGAACCCGACGAACGAAUACAAGAAGAGAUAUCCUUGCCCGCCCUUCAAGAUCAUCAUCCUCGACGAGGCCGAUUCGAUGACACAGGACGCUCAGAGCGCCCUCCGUCGGACCAUGGAGACAUAUAGCAAGAUCACGCGAUUUUGCCUAAUCUGCAACUAUGUCACGCGCAUCAUUGACCCUCUUGCUAGUCGUUGCAGCAAGUUUCGCUUCAAGAGCUUAGACCAAGGUAACGCCAAGAAGCGACUUCGGGAUAUUGCCGAGAACGAAGGGGUGCAGCUGGAGGAUGGCGCCGUGGAUGCGCUCAUCAAGUGCAGCGAGGGUGAUUUACGCAAGGCCAUCACAUACCUGCAGAGUGCAGCGCGGCUGGUGGGUGCUGGAGACAAGGACACUGGGGAUGAUGCCAUGGAUGUCGACAAGAAACCUGUCACUGUUAAGAUCGUUGAGGAUAUUGCUGGAGUCAUCCCCGAAAACACAAUUGACGAGCUCGUCAGUGCCAUACGUCCACAGGGCACCAUAGACACAUACCAGACUGUGGCAAAGGUGGUUGAAGAUAUGGUUGCUGAUGGCUGGAGCGCCGGGCAAGUCGUUACGCAGCUCUACCAAUCCAUCGUUUUCGACGAGACAAUUCCAGAUGUUCAGAAGAAUAAGAUCGUUCUUAUCUUCUCCGAAGUUGAUAAGAGACUCGUCGAUGGUGCGGAUGAGCACUUGACCAUCCUUGACCUUGCCUUGAGGAUAUCAGGGGUUAUGAGUGGACGAGGCAACAACUAG